GUAACAGUAGAUUGAGAAUGAAAGUGAAAGUGACAAAGUGGAAGCUACACAUGUCAUGUGGAUGAAAGGUUUGCGGCGUUAACACAGACCACAACAAAAGGUCGGAGAUGCAUAUUAUUUCCCUGUGGCUCAGUUCAUCGUCAAAGAGACUUGAAAGUGAGUCCUUUAUUUAAACAUUGGAAUAGCAGGCUCCGGGGUCAUGCGGCUGCGUCUCCUUUCCCUCCUUCUUAUCGUCAAAGUGUGUCGACUCAAUACUGUCAGUCGAGACGUGUGCCCACCCCUGCCUCAGUGGAAGCUCACCAAGCCCCUGAACACGAGGGAUAGUUAUCAAGAAAACGAUUCUCUGCGCUACCAGUGUGUGGAUGGCUAUGUGAGGAAGGCGGGGACCUCCAAUCUCAUCAAGUGCAAAUGGAUCGGUCAGGUUCUUCAGUGGAUACCCCCAACACUGACAUGCAUACCUGACCCAUCCAUUCCAACUACGAUAAAACCUUCAACAACCCAGAAGACAACUCCAUUUCCUACAACGCACCUCUCAGUGCCCACAGAGAGAGUUAGCCCAAGACCAACCAGUCUCAGUUCACUUUUAUCUCACACACUGCAUCCUGUCACAAAGACCCAAGAGGUCAUUAAUACGGUUACAGUGACAACCACCAUCAUCAAUGACAUCACAUCAGUGCCAGUGGAUAAGUCCAGUGCGGUGACCUCUGUCUCCACAAAGACCGUUUCUCCAUCAGAGAGUUACUGUGUCUCCAACAGAGCCCCAACCUCCAGUCAGUAUCCAGUUGACGGUGAGCCUGAGAUGAGGUCUGCUACAGCCAUAUAUGCGGGUGUAGGUGGUGUGGUAGUAACCAUCUUGCUGGUUGCAGCGUUUGGAGUACUAAUGUUUUGGAGAAGGAAACGGCUGCAGCGGUUUGAUCUGUCGCCAACACCAGACGAAAUAGUGCAAAUGAAUGUUGUGACAUGAGCCACACUCCUUCCCUGACGGACAACCAGCAGCCACUUAGAAAAGACAAAAAGGUGCAUCAGUCUGAUGGUGGGGGAACAAUGACCUUGGAUUGGACAAGAAGUGGACCAAAAAUUACAAUGGCUUGGACCUCAGUGUCCUCGUGUGGAAAAUUAAAAUAACUAAAGCACCACCCAAAUUGAUUAAUUUAAGACAUAUUGAUUUAUUUCAUUGAUUAAUUAAUAUUCUUAAACUGGCAAAGAUUCUAACUAAUCACAACAGCCCAAAAUGCAUAGGAUUACCUUCUCACUGAAUUCAGGUAUGGUAUUCAGGUAUGUGAUAAACAUGCAACUUUGGAGAACAGUGAAAGUUAGGCCCGACUAACCGGUGCCUGUAUAUAGCCUCGCUACUGUAUAUAGCUUCGCUACUGUUAUAGCCUCGCUACUGUAUAUAGCCUCGCUACUGUAUAUAGCCUCGCUACUGUAUAUAGUCUCGCUACUGUAUAUAGCCUCGCUACUGUUAUAGCCUCGCUACUGUAUAUAGCCUCGCUACUGUUAUAGCCUCGCUACUGUAUAUAGCCUCACUAAUGUAUAUAGCCUCGCUACUGUUAUUGCCUCGCUACUGUUAUAGCCUCGCUACUGUAUAUAGCCUCGCUACUGUAUGUAGCCUUGCUACUGUUAUUAUUCACUGUCUUUUUACUGUUGUUUUUUAUUUCCUUAUCUAUUGUUCACCUAAUACCUAUUAUUUACUUAAAAAUUGCACGGGUGGUUAGGGCCUGUAAGUAAGCAUUUCACUGUAAGGUCUACACCGGUUUUAUUCGGCGCACAUGACAAAUAAACUUUAAUUUGAUCUGAAGUUAAGGGCCUUCACCUGCCCUGGGUUAGCUCUAACUUAAUACAGCUGUUCAGAGAAAGGGAUAAAGCCUGGGAAAAGUACAGUAGAAAAAAUGGUCACCAAAGAUCCAACUGAUUUGGAGUCCUAUAGAAAAUUACGAAACACUAGUAAAACUCAAGCUAGAAAAGCCUCCUAUAUGGAUAGUCUUACAAAUAAUAAAAACAAAACUCUACAGCAGUUCUGGAAAUACACAAAUUACCGUUGAAAUAAUCUGGAUUUAGACCCAACCAUUCUACCACCUACAGCGUAAUUGAAACUUACUAAUGAUAUAUAUUCUUAAUCUGACCAAGGCCAACUAACUGGUGCCAUCUUCAUUGAUUUAUCAAAAGCAUUUGGUUUAGUUGAUCAUUCUAUCUUACUAUCAAAACGUUAACAUUGGUUUCACUAACAGAUCACUACUAACAGAUCACUAAAGUGGUUCCAUGCAUAUCUUAGCAAUAGAAAACAAUGUGUUUUCAUAGGACACAAAUCACAACUUCUUGGACUCAGUAGAGGAGUACAUUAAUCUCUAUAGUCAUAAAUGAAUUGCCUCUAAAUGUCAGGAUACACAUGAUCACUUAUACGCUGAUGAUACAGUGCGGUAUACAUCCAGUUCAAAAAUUUUGCAGGUACAAGCAAAUCUCCAAAAUUAUUUGAACACUUUACAAAAAUGGUUUCUAGCAAAUAAUGUGGUUUUAAAUCAAACAAAGUCCUAUAUCAUGCUGUUUGGUAUGACAAAGAAUAAACUCCACAGCUGGAAGUGAUGGAACAAUGCUUGAAAGUGUUGAUUGUUUGUUUGAAAUAUCUGGGUUUGAGGAUAGAUUCUAAAUGAUCUUUUGGGAAGCAUAUUGAUUAUAUUACAAAACAAUUGACUACAGUGCAUUCGGAAAGCAUUCAGACCCCUUGACUUUUUCCACAUUUUGUUACAGCCUUAUUCUAAAAUCGAUUAAAUAAUUGUUUUCCCUUAUCAAGACUAGACACAGUACCCCAUAAUGACGAAGCAAAAACUGUUUUUUAGACAUUUUUGCAAAUGUAUUACCAAUAAAGAACUGAAAUAUCACAUUUACAUAUUGUAAGUAUUCAGACCCUUUACUCAGUACAUUGUUGAAGCACCUUUGGCAAUGAUUACAGCCUCGAGUCUUCUUGGUUAUGACGCUACUAGCUUGGCACAACUGUAUUUGGGGAGUUUCUCCCAUUCUUCCCUGCAGAUCCUCUCAAGCUCUGUCAGGUUGAUGGGAAGCGUUGCUGCACAGCUAUUUCCAGGUCUCUCCAGAGAUGUUAGAUCGGGUUCAAGUCCGGGUUCUAGCUGGGCCACUCAAGGAUAUUCAGAGACUUGUCCCGAAGCAUCUCCUGCGUUAUCUUGGCUGUGUGCUUAGGGUCGUUGGCCUAUUGGAAGGUGAACCUUCAUCCCAGUCAGGUCCUGAGCGCUCUAUAGCAGGUUUGAGAGUCCUUUAAGUGCCUUUUGGCAAACUCCAAGCAGGCUGCCAUGUGCCUAUACUGAGGAGUGGCUCCCGUCUGGCCACUCUACCAUAAAGGCCUGAUUGGUGGAGUGCUGCAGAGAUGGUUGUCCUGGAAUGUUCUCCCAAUCUCCACAGAGGAACUCUGGAGCUCGUUCAGAGUGACCAUCGGGUUCUUGGUCACCUCCCUCACCAAGGCCCUUCUUCCCCGAUUGCUCAGUUUGGCCGGGCGACCAGCUCUAGUAAGAGUCUUGGUGGUUCCAAACUUCUUCCAUUUAAGAAUGAUGAAGACCACUGUGUUCUUGGGGACCUUCAAUGCUACAGACAUUUUUUGGUACCCUUCCCUAGAUCUGUGCCGACACAAUCCUGUCUCUGAGCUCUUCGGACAAUUCCUUCGACCUCAUGGCUUGGUUUUUGCUCUGACAUGCACUGUCAAAUGUGGGACCUUAUAUAGACAUGCGUGUUCCUUUUACAAAUCAUGUCCAAUCAAUAGAAUUUUACCACAGGUGGACUCCAAUCAAGUUGUAAAAUAUCUCGAUGAUGAAUGGAAACAGGAUGCACCUGAGCUCAAUUUCGAGUCUCAUAGCAAAUGGUUUGAAUAUUUAUGUAAAUAAGGUAUCUUUUCUUUUUUUUUUUUAUACAUUUGCAAAAAUGUCUAAACCUGUUUUCGCUUUGUCAUUAUUGGGUAUUGUGUGUAGAUUGAGGGGGGAAAUUAUUUCAUCCAUUUUAGAAUAAGGCUGUAACCUGAAUUUAAAAAAUUAAGUGAAUGCACCGUAUAAGCUUGGGUUACUAUACAUAUCUAAGACUUGUUAGAAAGACCUUAGUAACCCAACUGCUACUUUCUAUCCUAGAUUAUGGUGACAUCUAUCAAAACACAACCAAGACCUUACUUCGUGAAUUAAAUGUCAUUUAUAACUAUCCUUGCAGAUUCAUUCUUGAAUGUUAUUAUAAGACACAUCAUUGCACAAUGUGUGAAUCAUUAAAUUGUCUGUCACCCCCAAACAGAAGACAACUGCAUUGGUACCAAAUUAUUUUUAAAUGUAUCAACUUAAAUUUCCUAGAAUAUAUAGUCCCAGCCCAAAAUUUGGAAACACCUACUCAUUCCAUGUUUUUUCUUUAUUUGCACUAUUUUCUACAUUGUAGAAUAAUAGUGAAGACAUCAAAACUAUGAAAUAACACAUAUGGAAUCAUGUAGUAACCAAAAAAGUUUUAAUCAAAAUAUAUUUUAUAUUUAAGAUCUUUUAUAUUUAAGAUCCUGCAAAGUUGAUGACAGCUUUGCACACUUGGCAUUCUCUAACUCUAACACCUAACUUUACAAGACACACGUUACUCCUUUAGACAACAGCAGCAAUAAACAUGAGGUUGGAGUAUCUUUCAGAUACAAAGGCCCAACUGACUGGAAUAAUUUACCUAUUGAAAUCAGGGCAUUAAAAUUACACAGUGAAUUUAAACUUUUUGAACUUUUUCAAAUGUUAAGAACAAACUGUUUUUAACUAAUAGAAACAUCACCAUGUGAAGAUAUUUGCAUGUUUUUUAUUUGUAUUAUUAUGUAAGUUAAAUGCAUGUUUUAUUAUUAUUAUUACAUUAUUAUUAUUAGACAGUAGUUGCUGUAUUAUUAUAGUUGUUAAGUUUCGUUUUUUCAUUUGGACACUUGAAAACGAGAUGGUUCCACUCAAGAUAUUUCAUCGUGCAAAAUGUUGAAUAAAUAAGAUUUGUAGUUACAUCCAUGUACGUACGUGCAAAUGUGUGAGAAAUGUACCGUUUGGCCUAUAUUUGUGUACAGUGCUAAGAGGUUGAAAUUGUAAAAAUCGGGAAGAUUGCACCUUUCCCUAAUAAACAGUAAGUGGUGCCAA